GUGAGUCUGUUGAAUAAUGAAAGAAUUUGCCUGACAGGGUUUUGUAGUGUUUCGUCUUCUUGAUGAAUUAUUUCAGAGGAUAGACGACAGUCUUUUGUUAAAAAUGCAUUGGAAUGACUCAUCCAAUUCCUCAGAAAGUGACAAUGAAGCUCAUUCAGCCUUCACACAGACUGAGCACAACAUAGUUGCAGCUUACUUAAUAACAGCAGGAGUGAUAAGCAUUUUCAGUAACAUUGUUGUGUUAGGCAUCUUUGUUAAGUACAAAGAGCUUCGGACAGCAACCAACGCAAUUAUCAUCAACUUGGCUUUUACUGAUAUUGGUGUUAGUGGCAUUGGUUACCCCAUGUCUGCUGCCUCAGACCUGCAUGGAAGCUGGAAAUUCGGAUAUACUGGAUGCCAGAUCUAUGCUGCCUUAAAUAUCUUUUUCGGGAUGGCGAGUAUUGGUUUGCUGACUGUUGUUGCUGUUGAUCGGUACCUGACCAUCUGCAGGCCUGAUAUAGGAAGAAGAAUGACCACCCGUAGUUAUGCCACUCUCAUCCUUGCUGCCUGGAUAAAUGCCGUCUUCUGGUCUUCCAUGCCUACCGCAGGCUGGGCCAGCUACGCUCCGGAUCCCACCGGAGCAACGUGCACAGUAAAUUGGAGGAAAAAUGAUGCGUCCUUUAUUUCCUACACAAUGAGUGUAAUUGCUGUUAAUUUUGUUGUGCCCUUAACAGUCAUGUUUUACUGUUAUUACAAUGUUUCCCGGACAAUGAAAAAAUAUGCCAGCAGUAACUGCCUGGAGAGCAUUAACAUAGAUUGGUCUGACCAAGUAGAUGUGACAAAGAUGUCUGUUGUGAUGAUUAUAAUGUUCUUGGUGGCAUGGUCUCCAUAUUCUGUUGUGUGUUUGUGGUCUUCCUUUGGAGACCCAAAGAAAAUUUCUCCUGCAAUGGCCAUCAUAGCUCCUCUCUUCGCAAAAUCUUCCACAUUCUAUAAUCCCUGCAUUUAUGUCAUUGCAAACAAAAAGUUUCGGAGGGCGAUCCUGGCAAUGGUGCGAUGUCAGACAAGGCAAGAGAUAACCAUAAACAAUGCUUUGCCCAUGAGUGUGUCUCAAAGUGCACUGACAUCGCAGAACUCCAGUCAUUUGCCUGCAUAA